AGGCUCUGGUUGGCUGAUAUCCCCCUAACAACGUGUCGGUGUUUACCGACAUGGCGGGGACCGGCAAGAAAUCCGAAGGUUUAUUUCGACAGAGUAUUGGCUGGCAGUCUUUAUUAAGAUUUACUAUCCUUUCACUUGCGUGGCUUGUUGGGUUUAGUUCGCGGUUAUUUGCAGUUAUUCGGUUUGAAAGUAUCAUUCAUGAAUUCGAUCCUUGGUUCAACUAUCGCUCAACACAUUACAUGGUCAAACAUGGUUUUUAUAACUUCCUCAAUUGGUUCGAUGAGAGGGCCUGGUAUCCACUUGGAAGGAUUGUCGGCGGCACGGUUUACCCCGGGCUGAUGAUCACAUCUGGUUCUAUUCAUUACUUGCUAAGCCUUCUACAUAUAACAGUACACAUUAGAGACAUCUGUGUGUUUCUAGCUCCAGUUUUCAGUGGUUUGACAGCUCUGGCAACAUAUUUUCUAACUAAGGAGCUAUGGAAUGAUGCAGCUGGUUUGUUGGCUGCAUGCUUCAUUGCAAUUGUGCCUGGCUACAUUAGCAGGUCUGUGGCAGGAAGCUAUGACAAUGAAGGCAUUGCCAUCUUUGCUCUAAUGUUCACUUACUAUCUGUGGGUGAAGUCAGUCAAAACCGGUGCCAUUUCGUGGGCUGUCCUAACAGCACUUUCUUACUUUUACAUGGUGUCUGCCUGGGGGGGUUAUGUAUUCAUCAUAAACCUUAUUCCACUUCAUGUUUUUGUUCUGCUACUGAUGAACAGGUUCUCAAAUAGGAUUUACGUUGCCUACAACACUUUCUUUAUUUUGGGACUGCUGCUGUCCAUGCAGAUCCCAUUUGUCGGCUUCCAGCCCGUGCGCACUAGCGAACACAUGGCUUCGGCAGGUGUGUUCGUUCUGCUUAAUGCGUAUGCCCUGCUAAGGUAUCUGCAGACCUUCUUUUCGAAGUCUGAAAUGAAGACACUGUUCUUUGGUGCUGUGGCAGCUGUAGCUGGCGUCGUGUUCCUCACAGUCGUCGUACUCACUUAUGCUGGCUACAUUGCCCCCUGGAGUGGCAGAUUUUAUUCGCUGUGGGACACUGGAUAUGCAAAGAUCCACAUUCCAAUCAUUGCGUCUGUGUCUGAACACCAGCCUACGACCUGGUUCUCCUUCUUUUUUGAUCUGCACGUCUUGGUAGCCACGUUUCCGGUGGGGCUCUGGUAUUGCAUCAAGAAUGUCAACGAUGAACGUGUUUUCAUUGUGCUGUAUGCUGUAACGUCAGUUUAUUUUGCGGGAGUCAUGGUGAGGUUGAUGCUGACACUAACACCUGUGGUCUGCGUGCUGAGCGCCAUAGCCUUCUCUAACACCAUGCAACUCUAUCUGCGUGAAGAGGAGAUGCCAAAGCAGCAGGCCUCCAGCGACGAGGAUAGUGAGGACAGUGAUAACGGAGAACGCAGAGAGAAAAAGCAGCUUUAUGACAAGGCUGGAAAGAUCCGAAAAAUCAAGUCUGAUCAAACGAAGGAAGCUGCAGGCCUGGGUACCAAUGUGCGCAGUGUUGUAAUAGUCGUGCUCAUGAUGAUCCUCAUGAUGUUUUCUGUGCACUGCACAUGGGUCACGAGCAACGCAUAUUCUAGUCCUAGCAUUGUGCUGGCAUCUUACAGCAAUGACGGAUCGAGAGUAAUCCUGGAUGACUUCCGAGAAGCUUACUACUGGCUCUCACAGAACACUGCAGAUGACGCUAGGGUUAUGUCAUGGUGGGAUUAUGGCUACCAAAUAGCUGGAAUGGCAAAUCGAACAACACUGGUGGACAAUAACACAUGGAAUAACAGUCACAUAGCAUUGGUUGGAAAAGCGAUGUCAUCGAAUGAAAGUGCUGCCUAUGAAAUUAUGAAAGCCUUGGAUGUGGACUAUGUUCUAGUCAUCUUCGGUGGCGUCAUCGGCUAUUCCGGUGAUGACAUCAAUAAAUUCCUGUGGAUGGUGCGGAUUGCUGAGGGGGAGCACCCAAAGGACAUCAGAGAAAGCGACUACUUCAAUGACAAGGGGGAGUUCCGAGUAGAUGAGUAUGGCUCCAACAUACUGCUGAACUGCCUGAUGUACAAGAUGAGCUACUAUCGCUUUGGCGAGCUCCAGCUGGACUACCGUUCGCCACCUGGGUUUGACCGCACUCGGAACAUGGAAAUUGGCAACAAGCACUUCACCCUUGAACACUUGGAAGAAGCCUACACGACAGAGCACUGGCUUGUACGCAUCUUUAGGGUCAAGAAGGACGCUAACAGGCCUCGCAUUCCCUACGUUCAGCGGCAGAUCAAGUCCAAGAGUGUCUUUGUAUCAAAAAAGACGUCACGCAAGAAGAAAGGGUUUAUCAAGGAUAGACCACAGGUUGUCAAAGGAAGAACAGCAGCGAAGAGUGCGUAGGAUAUUCAAAUUGUAAAUUUGUGUUGAACUACCACAGCUCGCAGAACAGGAGAGAUUGCACCCAACUGCAGUGAAUACCACGAAGGUACUUCAAGUCAUGUCCAUAACUUCAUUUCACAAAACAUGUCAUAAUGCUGGGCAAGAAACAGAUUUGGUUGCACAGGAGGGGGAAUGAGUGUUUCAUAAACUUGUUUUGCUUUGGA